UCUUCUGACAUUUCUCACAAGGUCCGAACUUGAGAGCCGCAUGUGCGUACGAUGUAAAGAUUUUUAGCUCUCUUCUUCUUACUGAGUGAUCAACACAGAUCACAAUGCAAACGACUUCGGGGAACGACCUCAGCCUCAGGCAUCUCCCCGACCUUUCUAACUCCUCCUUUUCCUUCGACAUCCCAUCAGGAUCCAAUGAGCUCUUAUUAGAUAACGACGACGACUUCUUUGGUGUCGCAAACGACAGCUUUGCAACUCCAGCACCCAGUCGAACUAUAGAUCAACCUCUUGCCACACCGAGGACUUUUGCACGAAUCGCCGACACUAGAACUCAUACAUCAGAGAAAACCGUUUUAUCAAAUUCCUCCCAUCGUAAUUUCGCUCGACCUCCUGUUCUACCAGAAAAUCCCAAAAAGGCUUCAAUCAAACCUGUCGUGGCCCAGAAGCUGGGUCGUAUUACCCGAAAUGAGGUUCUGUCUACACCUCAAAGAAUGCAGAGACUUAGAGUUGAGAUCAAGGAUCUGGCAGAGACGAGGUAUAAUUCUCUAGGAACAUUUACGACGUCUUCCGAUUCCGCUGAGCAAGAAUCUCGAAAGCCAAAUUUAAGGUCUGUCAAGAGCGGCGAAGAUUCGAUACCACGCAUUCCUAUCCCGGCAUCGAUUGCGCCGCAUCCAUCUUGUGUUCAGUCGAAGCAGAACCCUCCCGUAUCGGUGGACAAGAUAACUCGCAGUCCUUCCUUAAAUGGGGCCGUUGACACGAGCACCAUGUCCACAGACGGUGGCGGAUUGGCUGAACGAUUAGUAAUGUACAGCGAAAAUCUUGUCAGACCACACGGGUUAUGCAAUUCUGCAGACGAUAGUCCUGUCUCUUCGGGUUGUUCAAGUUCUGGUACAAACGAUGACAAGCCACUUUGUUCAGAAAUAGCAGUGGGCGUGCCUCUGACGCUUUCGCAACUUUCCCCGUCGAAAUCCACCGAGCCCUCGCCUAUUCCUGAAUCACGUUCUAAUGUCCCGGUGUCUUCAAUAAGACAGUCUUACAAGAGACACGGUUCCCCUUUACCAAACGCUCAACCUGUGAAGAAAGAGAAGACAUCCGCCUCCUUUCGCACUAUUCCACCGGGAAACCGUUCCAUUGUCAGGAAACGUAUCCGUUCAAGAAACUCCAGUUCAUCUUUUGGCAAAGCCGUGGCCCAUACGUCGAGAACUUUACGGGAUCCCUUGGUCUCGUCGAAAGGUUCUUCCGGAACUUCCAGCGCAGCUUGCUCGAUGGAGCAGGGCCGUGCUUCUGGAUCUUCAUCUAGAAGCUUAACAAACCCUGGUGGGAGCUCUAAGUCGGCCAGGGAAAGAUUUGCAGGCUCUACGCAUCAGACGUUGCGAAAACACCCAACUCGUCCUGUUGGAUUCGAUUUUCGCUCCGACAUGCGAAUCGAAGUCCAUAAGACUAGUGCCAGCGUUCGAGAACACGAUGAGGAGCCUCCAAGGAAACGCAAGCUUCAUACAUCCUAUACGGUUCCGGACUUCAAGUCCUCUCACGCUGCUCAGGACGCGCUGUUGACUAGCCUCAAAGGACGAAUCAAGCCAGUCGCUCCGCUUCCGGUCGAGAUGCACACCGAUGUGAGAGCUCGUGAAAGAAGCAAAUUCAAUGAACAUAUUCGGGAGAAAGAGAUUCAGGCCUCACAGGCGUUGGAAGAGAGAAAACGUCAGCAGGCGGAGGAAGAGGAAAAGGAACUCAAGGAGCAACGGAAGAAAGCUAUUCCUAAAGCUCAUCCUGUCCCGGAUUGGUAUAAGGACGCUCCACGACGAAAGGAACCACGGCCCCCAAGGAGCGAAGGAACAAGUUGAGCUUGAUCUGUAAUUGACCGUAUGUCAUGAAUAUAUUCUGUGCAAAAUAUUCCCUUUGUUCGCCUCCUCGUGUUCGGUCUCGUUGACUGCUGUUGAAACACCUGCGGAACGAAUAGAAAUUCGGCCAAAAUAUCCUGCUUCCGCACUGUCCGGUGCCCAAUUUUUUG